AUGUUCAACUUCAGCAGGGGCUUCUGUGUCACUUCGACGGCACUGGGGUUUCGAGGCAGAGGAUCUUCCUCGAGUAACAAGGGCAAGAGAAAGAGUCAAGACAAGAAUGCGCCUGGGAUGAAGAAGAAUCGCCAGGGGCAGAAGCAGUACCUGGAGAAGAGUGCGGCAGAGGGCGGAGACCACUUUCUGUACUCUCCUGAACAAGAUAUGAAGGCGGCAACGGAGGAAGUUCGACAGCAGAAAAAGGAGGGUAUUCAGGGAAAGAACUUGGCAAUGAAGCGUGCUAAGCUAUAUAAGCCAGCUCCUGAUGACAAGGGGGCCAUGUUUAAGGAUAGAAUUGCUCAGAUGACUCCUGAAGAGAAGUUGACGAAGCAGGUAUAUCUUCCCUUCGGAGGAGAAGAACAUCCCCGAGCAUGCAGUAUACUUCGCGACGUUGAGGAGAUGACUCAGCUCCAUCUGGAGGCCGAGAAGCAUGCGGACGACUACGUUUCGGUUCUGAGAGACCUGGUAGCUCAGGCUACGGUGGCCAAACACUAUGUGAAUGAUGGACAGACCGUUACCUUCUUCAACACCAUGAAUUUGCUUAGAGUCGCGCUGGCGGAUUUAGGCUACGUGGUUCGAACCCCCGAGUUCAAGCAUCCCGCCAUGCCCGAGUACAAGAAGCAUCCUCCUUUUAUUCUUGCCCAGCCUAAGAAUACCGAUCCUAGAAAACCCACAGUCCUGGUUCACGCUCAUUACGAUACUGUUGGUGUCAGUGAGUCUGGCUGGGCGCAUGCGCCCCACCAGAUGGGCCGGAAGGAUGGUAUUCUCACGGGCCGAGGAGUCGCGACCAAAAGUGUCGUUGCUGCAUGGAUAGCUGCUUUGACCAAUAUGGCACGUGCUAACAUCCCCAGCAGCGUCAAUGUCAAAUUCUGUUUUGAUCCCAUGGGCGAGCUGGGCAGUGGAUCGCUCGAUGCGUGUCUCACCAAGGAAAACACGGGUUUCUUUACGAAUAUCUCGGCUGUUGUUGUUUGUCAAGGCCAGUGGAUGACUGACAAACAGCCCAACAUUGUCUAUGGACAACGAGGAGUGCACAACUACUACCUGAACAUCAAGGGGGGAGAGAAACGGCUAGAUGCCGGCCACUACGGCGGACUUGUGCGUGAACCCAUGAUUGAGCUCAUGCAUCUCAUGUCCAACCUUACCGCUCUGGAUCAAACUGAACUGCUUCCUCGAGUAGCAGACUCCAGAGGAGUCCGACAUGUUGCCGACGUUUGCGAAGAAGAAGCAAAGCUGAUUAGCGACCUGGACGUGACCACAGACCAUCUCAAGCAGAUGCUUGGUGUUUCUGGACUCAACACCAACGACAAAAUCAAAGCCAUUCAGCAGAUCUGGAGAGAACCGUCUAUAUCCAUCACCAGCAUCAAGAGCGGCUUUGAGCCGGAAGAGGAGUAUCAGACAACAAUCCCCAAGCACGCCACUGCCCGUUUCUCCAUCAGAACUGUGCCCAACAUGGACAUGACGUCAAUGGAUAUUCUGGUGGAGCACUACUUUGCUACCCUGCACAAGUCCAUGAACACACACACAGAACUGUCCAUCAGAUGUCUGUCACGGUAUCCCUGGUGGCUGUCUACUCGUGACCAUUGGAACUACGACACUGCCCAAAAGGCGCUAAAGUCUGUGUGGAAAGUGAAACCCGACUUGACUCGGGAAGGAGGAACUUCACCUGCUGCUGCACUGUUUGAGAAACACCUGAGAACAAACGUCCUCUGCCUGCCUAUCGGAAAACCCAGUGACCAGCCUCGAACAGUCUACGAGAACUUUGAUGAAGUCCAUUACAUCAACGCAAUCAAGACUUUCUGUUCCUACAUGUACUUUGCUGGAGAAAUGGCCAGUUCCUCGGACAAGUUCAUCACUUCAGACACAGCCAAAGGCCUGAGGCCCAAGCGGGUGAACAAGAAUAAAAAGAUCAAAAGUAAGAUGGGACACUUGAUUCCCACCAAGCCUGGGGACACUCCCGACUCUGACUUGCCUCAGCAAUCCUCUCCCAAAGAACCGCAACUGCUUUCCAUCGUCUUCAGAGAUCACGUGUCCAACAAGAAUCGAAAGCGAAACAUCCGCAAUGUCAAGCUCGAUGUUGAGGAACGUGAGAACGACGUCACCCCAAAAUAA